AUGGCGUCGACCCAGCGCGAAGCCGACUCGCUCCUGCACCAAGACGACGCGCCGCCAUCGCGCUUUGCCGCCGUCACCAAGAAGAGCGUGCUGCUGGCGGCCGUUGCCAUUGUCGGUGUCUCGACCGUGGUCUACCUUGCCUUGCACUCGUCUGGUGCCGUGACCACAGUCGCCGCCGUCAAGGCGCCGACGGCGUCGAUUGCGCCGACGCCCGAGAUCUCGGCGACGCACGCGCCGGGGCACCAGGGGCUUACGGCCGCGAUGACGAGCACGUCGCUGCCCGACUCGGACCCGGAGACGCAGACGCCGGCGUUCUCGAUCCUCGCCAUCGGCGACUGGGGCGCCACGUACGGCAAGCAGUUUGGCAACCCCGGCAGUUGCUGCCGCAUGUACGCGGGCAAGGUCAACACGCGUCUGAAGCGGUACAUGGUCGACUACUACUCGCAGCACUACGUGGCCAACAUCCUCGCGCAGUCGGCGGCCCAGUUCGCCGACCGGGGUCUUAAGCCUGUCUACGUCCUCGGACAUGGCGACAACUUUUACUGGAACGGCGUCGGCAGCUGGGACGUGCACUACCGGUUCGCAGACACGUUCGAGCGCAUGUACUCGCAGCCGUCGCUCGCCGGCAUCAAGUGGCUCAACGUGCUCGGCAACCACGACAUUGCGGGCUCGUCGUACCUCUGCGGCCACCAGGAAGACCGGUACUACGAGUGCAAGUCGACGGAAGAGAUGCUGUACUUUCUCAACCAGCACUUCAAGUUGCAGCAAAACUACAAGAGCCCGAACGGCGACCGGUGGGUGCUGCGCGACCACUACUACGUCGAGUCAUACGAGAAGGACGGCGUCUCGGUCGACAUCUUCAACUUGGACACAAACCACGCGGAUAGCCAUGGCGCGCGCCAAAUCUGCUGCCAGUGCUUUGGCUACUCGGCCAAGAUGGGGAUUUCCAACGCCGGCUGCGAGGCCGCGAACGAAGGCAUGCCCCAGUGCAUGGGCGGCAACGUGACCAUGUACCGCGCGUGUAUGGCCGAGAUCGAGGCGUGGUCGCAGGACUCGUACACGCAGGCCGAGCGCGACAUCAAGGCGUCGACCGCCACCUUCAAGAUCAUCAACACGCACUACUCGCCGCACUACCACAUGAGCCCGCCCAAGUACAUGCGGUGGUACAAGCUGCUGCAGGACGGCAACGUCAACGCGUGGUUCAACGGCCACACGCACGGCUUCUCGCACGACAAGUCGGCGUGGGGCACGCACUUUUUCGAGAACGGCGGCGGCGGCGGUAUCCGCACCGACACGGCCGUCGGCGAGCACAACGCGCUCAUCAACAACCAGUGGGCCGCGGCUGGCAACCCGUAUGGCUUUAUGGAGCUCACGUUCUCGAAGGAUUGGCUCAAGGUGCAGUGGGUCUCGUUCGAUAAGGACUGGGUCUUUGGCGGCUUCAACUUGUCGGCGACGGUGCCGGGUGGCAUUGCGCGCGGCCACUGCUGGUUCAUCCCCAACACCAACCACACGGCGUCGCAGGGUGUCGAGUGCAAGAGCUCGGUCAACCACGCCCUCGGCGCGCCGCUGCGCUAACCAAGCUCGUGUGCUGCAUCUUAUAUGCUUUUUUGAUUGUAAUCUCAUGACAGUCUGUCUUGGUAUCGA